AUGCCUUCUGACACUCGAAUAUCUCUUUUGGAAUACAAGAGAAGAUCAACGUUACGAGACAGUCAGACAGAGACCGACAUCAGUCUGCUGAGAGCAGCUUCAGCAGUCUCCGUGGCUAGUGGCGCCACUGAUAGGAGUGGUAACACUGACAAUUGUGUUGAAGAAUACGUCUGCGAUGUACCGUUUGCAGGUAAGUUUAGUUUUAAGGCUUUCGAUGGGUAUUGUUUUACUAACAGUAAAAGCAAAUCGGAAGAAUGGUUGAAGAGCUUUUUAGUUGUUCCGCAAUAG